ACACGCGAAAACUCCUGUGCGGCUUUCCCAGCCACACUCUCGUAAAUCAUCCUCUCCAGGAGAUGCAGACACCAGCGUCAGCCAAGGGGGUCAACAAAGCUCACCAGCAACAUGUAAAUCUAAACUGCAAACUAUGAAAUACUUUUCACAUCUUCCUGACUUAAAAAUCCACAUAAGGAUCCCCAGAUGUGGAAGGUGAUGAAACGGGAGGGCAAGGGGGAGGUCUUUCUCACUGAGACCCACGCCCCUCCCACAAAGACAUGUGCGCACAGUGUGCCAGCAGACAACUCUGAUGCACAGACAGCUGCCAUUCCUCAUACAUUUCUCCCCUGCAUUGCCUCUCCCCCCUCUUCCCCUCUCAGCUAUUCUCUUUCCGCCUGUCUAUCGCUGGCCCGCACUUUUCCUCAAGCGAAUAGAAAGGCAGGUCCUGUUGGCGAGUGCUUGUGUAAUCUUGGCUUCACAUGAGCACCAGAGUCUGCUUGCCUGCCUCAGCUGCAAAAGCUCACACAGACGAGCUCUGGUUUGCCCGGUGGACAAACUUAACAGAAAACUGAGGAAGAAGGAGCACCUCUGAGGACGCAGUUGGAAUUCAAAGUGCAGGAACUCGAUGUGCACCAUGCCGGGAUCUCUGGUGUUGCUGUUGUCCCUGUUGGCGCUCUCCACAGGAAGUGAUGCCAGAAGAAUCAGGAAAAGAGGACUCAACCAAAAGGACUACGAGUAUCCCAACCACCCGCAGUCCACACAGCACCAGAAAAAUGACCGCUGCCCACCACCCCCUCAGAUGCUCCCAGAAAGGGCCUGUGAGGUGCCAGGCUGCCGCUCAGACUCGGAGUGUGAGCGCCAUAAACGCUGCUGCUACAACGGCUGCAUCUAUGCCUGCCUGGAAUCCGUUCAGCCCCCACCAGUCCUCGACUGGCUGGUGCAGCCCAAGCCUCGGUGGUUAGGGGGCAACGGUUGGCUACUGGAUGGUCCCGAGGAAGUGCUGCAGGCCGAGGCGUGCAGUACAACAGAGGAUGGCGAUGAACCUCUCCACUGUCCUACAGGAUACGAAUGCCACAUCAUCAACCCAGGAAAUCCUUCCGCUGGAAUCCCCAACCGGGGACAGUGCAUCAAGCAGCGUUCCAACUCUGGUAGAAUUAAUGGACGGGGUCUCAGGCACAAAUUUUUCAAGGACUACAAGGACUACUUAGGUAAGUGAGGUACCAGUACAAACAACGCAGUAGGCUACGAGAAGCAUCACAAGCACAUGGAAUAAGCAACAUGUACCCCUUUUUUUUCCUACUUUCAGACUACACUUUACAUUUUAUGUUGUAACCUCUCAAAUUAAACUGACAUCCCAGUCCCAGCACUUACACUUGGGUAAAGGCUGCUUUUCAUCACACUUCAGUCGGAAGAGAUUAAAAGCAACUACCUCCUCUAUUCUCCUCAUAAAGCCGUAACCUCGGGCACGUUACUAUCUCACAGCCAAAGAAAGAUGGCACUUUGACACGUUAAGUAUCAUCUUUGAGUAAAGGAAAAGGAGAGAAGUAGUGAGGGUAUCAAUGCUGCUAACCAAAUAUCUCAAAAGGAAAAAAUGAUUAAUAAUAUAUAUUUUCCAUUGUCCAUGUAUUUAGUUUAAACAUAAACUAAUAAUCUGGAUUGAAUAAUACAUUGUGUGAAUGGGCUAUUUUAUUCAAGAAACAAUUGAAAAUAGCAUAAUAAUUGAUGGAGUGAAAUUGACUGUUGAUUCCUUGUGUUUUUCAAGGGGAAGUCAACUCAAACAAAUGUCUUCGCAUAAAUAUGUUCUGUGUUGCCCCACUUGGCUAAACACAAUACAAUAUUAUGAUUGUGAUUGCAUUUAUGGAAUAUGAAUAAAACGGCAAAAUCCAUUUGUUUUUAUCCAUCUCAGGGGGCGGCCAUUUUGCUACUUGCUGUCAACUGAAAAUGACAUCACAGUUGCUUACAGCUCAGGUAACAACAUUUUCAUUCGAGAGCAAGUAGUAAAAUGGCCGCCCCCUUAGAUGGAGAAAAAAAAUUUGUGGCUUUUGCUGCUAACUUCAUAAUCAAUAAACACAAUACUAAUCAGCUGAGGGUUUACCUCGCCUACAGCUCGAAAGCAGCUAGCAUAGGCUCAUAGGGAUUAUAAAUAGAUGGAUAGAUGGACAAUAUUACGGUAAUCAGAAUACCGUGUUUAGACUUGUAUUGUAAAGAACAUUUUUGAUUUGACUUCCCCUUUAUGAAAAGGAUACAAAAUGGAGUGUGCUACUGCUACGGCACUGCUGGCUUCGUCUCAAUUAGUUUGUGAUCUAAAGAGGACAACAUGACAUCAGCUUUGGGAAGAUGAGACAUUAAUCCAGACCAUAGUUUAGGAAUUGGACUUUUGUUAAUUGUUCAUUACUUCCAAAAUUGAUUCAAGACAUUUCGUCAAAUGCUAUAUCCUAAUGUGGAUAUUUCCCCCAACUCCACCCUCUCGAACUUAAGUGUCAAAUUCAAGGCCCGAAAAUGGGAUCUGGCCAGCAACAGAUUUUAUGUAUCGGAACUUCAUAUUUCUUGAAAAAAUUCUUCACUUUUAACAAAACUGACCCAGCCAAUUUACUGGCUUCCGAUUACAAAACGAGUCAUCCAUUAUUUUGUUGUGUACACGUGUUAACAUAAAGCAAUUAUAUUUUUAUAUGAGUUCAGUCAGAACGGCCUUCAGACGGAAACCAUUACCACGAUAUGGCCCAUGACAAAAAAUGCAUUUGACACUCCUGUUCUAGAGUCUCUUGUUAGUCAACAAGUUUUUGCUGAUUACAAUGAAACUACAUAGUGAGUGUUGUAUAUUUAAUAACAUAUAUAUAAAAGGUGUUAUAAGGGGGCCCAGUUGAAAAGGAAACACCAUCUGGUUCUGAAAGACUUUCUUGCUCUCUGAAGGCCAAAUUUCCUGCCCUGAAAGCUGGAAUGUUUUACUGACAAACUGAACAUUUCCACAUGUGGUAGUUAUAGCUGAAGAUCUUCCUAAAUCAGCCAUAUUCAAGAUGCCAACAACAUACGAAUGACAAAUAAUACACGUCAUAGAAAUGGACUUGAACUGCUUAACUAUUGCAACGCGAUCAAUUAACUGGCCUGAAACCAGAAAAAUGUGAUCGUGCCUCAUUGAUGUUGCUCAGGUUCUUUCUGCCUGUGAUAACUAACAGCAGAAUAAGCUGGCUUCCAAUACAAAUGCACACAACAAGAUGAAUGUGUUGAAGAAAUGCUGUAACCAUUACAUGUGUGGUGCUGUCUUGGUUUUACUGAAUAAAACACGUGACAUAAAAGAGCAA